AAUCAACAAAAACCCAACCAAAAAAGCCACAAACAAACAAAAAACAACCAAAGAUUUUUUUUUUUUUCCAGUUGAUAAAUCUCUUGCCCUGUCUGAUAUAAAAAGUAUGUUUUUCCAGACUUCUUUCUAUACCUUGGUUCAGAAGAAUGCAAUAGUGGCUACAGGGCAUUAUAGGAACUGCUAAUUUCCAGGUGUAGAGCUUUGUAGGUUGUGGCAUUGUGAAUCUGUGGGAUAUCUGAACAACGCUUUUCCCAAAAUACUGUCUAAUAAAUACUUUUUUUUUCUGUUACUGUGUUACUUAUGUCCAAUUUUGAAACAAUAUCCGGAAGACUAGGUCUGGUAUUGGGGAGAAAGGCCAAAUCUUUUAAGCAAAUUACCUCAGCAGGAAAUAAAACAUUCACAAGGGCAUAAAGAAUGAGAUGGAAAACUGAUGAGUCACAUGGUCCCUUAUUUAGGCUUUGCAUUUGCAAAGAGCUUGAAUAUUUACCCUUAUUAUGGUAUAGUCUGCACUCUCACGGCAGAGGAUUCUAAUCAGCAAGGCUCAUGUGCCAUGGAGUGAUAAAGUGAAAUUGUGGCAAAUUUGUAGAGAUUGAGUAAAUUCAGACUACCUGUAGGGAAGAAAAUGUUGAAUAAAUUGUUGCAAGUAUGGGAACAAGUGAGAUAACUCCACUCUUCUUCCCUUUCUUGCUCUGAAAGAGCACCUAUUCUUUCUGCAAUCCAGAGGAUGUAGCAGUACCUCAAAUAGCACUUAUUGCUGCAGUAGGACACAAUGACCAUGACACAGCAGCUAGUCAGCAGGAUUUGCCCUGCAGAGUGCCACCUUGUUCCUGUCCGGGUCAGAAUGCUCAUAAGUGCUGCAUUAAGAUUCUCUUACACUGGACAUUUGGUUAAACAAUUAUGCUCUCUUGUAGUGUAGGAUAGGAAAACACUUUGUCCAUCUUCUUGCUCUACGUGUUUCGUUUGUUCAUAUCCCAUGUCCAUAUUGAAAGGCUCAAUGCUGGUAAGUUGUUUGGUUUUCUGGGUUUUUUUUUUCUUUUAUUUUCUUUUUUUCCCCUGAAGCUCAGAUGAUUUAAUGAGGAGGUUUUUGUGCAGUCUGAAGUGAAUACUGUCAGUAAAUAGGCAUAAAUAAGCUUUGUUACUUCACUGUGUCAGCUGUCACCAGAAAAAGAAACUAAGCACCAAGUUUUUUUAGCUGCUGUAGAUUCUACAGGCCUUGAGACUACUGACCUGUGUGAUGCAAUGCUUACUGUGUCUUGGUAUGUGUAGAAAGCUGGAGUGUGUGUCCUUGAGGAUCCUCUCCCACCAGUGGUCAGCAACAGCUGUUGCACAACAUGGAAAGCUAGAACUUCAGUAAAUGGGAAUGAUAUCUCCAUGGAAAAUUAACAUGGUUACCUUGAAAGAAAGUAGAUAAUAGAGGCAAUAAAACUUUGUAUUUUAUGCAAGAGAGAUGGUGAAAGAACUCUUAGUGAGGACUUCAUUAAUAAAUACUGGACCUGAAAUUCUUGUUUCAGUUAACCUUAGAAGUCUGUGGCAUUGGCCUUCAACAUCUGAACAUCAGCAGGCAUCAGCACCAGAUGCUGGAGUAGGGAUUUGUAGUGAUAUCCUGCUUUUGUUCAUUGUGGCACAGUGUAGAAGAGUCACACCAUCUAGGAAAGGUUGCUCCCUACUGGGAUGUGAAAAUACGUGGUCUGUAGUGUUCGGUGUCCUCCAGAAUGUACACCUGCUCACACUGAGGUCUGAAGGUGACUUCCCCAGUAUGGCUUGGUGCCACUUGCUCUGGGAGCAGAAGCAUCUUCCUGCUGUGAUAUGAAGGCAACUAGCUGGCAAAGAUUAUAAAGAUUAAAGAGCAGACUCAAAUGGUCUCAGUGGAUUCAGUGUCUUUGAUUAGGCAGUGUGAGUUGGAGGAGUGGGAGGCUUUUGUGGCUUGGAGGAUGCAUAGGCUGUAAUGGCAGAGAAGCUGAUGUCUCUGAGCUUUUCAGUAGCAUAACGACACAGUAGCCCAUCUCUAGCGGUGACCUGUGCUGGAGAGUGCAGAUGUAAAACUAGCAUAAUGUAUUUGUUUGGUUAAGCAGUAGUGUAAUUCAUUUGGCCUCAUCUCUUGUUGGUUUCCCUUGCAUGAAGUCCAAGUUGAAUGGAGACUUGCUCACUGCAUGUCCUUCAUGGAACACUUCAUUUCUUCAGGAAGAAAUGUCUUAUGCAAGGAAUUCGUUCCUGGAACAUUAAUACUCUGUACUGUGAUCUGAAUCAUCAACUGCGGCUCUUUGUAAAUCGACAUCUGGCUCAGUUUUCUUCUGAGGUCAAAGGCCAAAGAACUCUCCAUCACCGGAGUGACACCCUGGAUACGGUGAUCCUGGUAAAUCCUAAUGUGGACAGCGUCGUGUCCGAGGUCCGCUCACUUGUGUGUGAUUCAUCAGCCCACAAACUACUGAUCCUCUGCGGUCAGAGCUCAGACCAGGAAGGAGACUUGGUCCUGCAGACGGGGACCUUCACUUACCAGAAGUUUGCUGAGAUACUUUCAGAUCCGGAGGUCACCCAGAUUCUCAGCAACUCUGAUUCAGAUACCAAGGCCUCUCUUACUGUGUCGUGCCUGGGAGAAGGAGCCUGGAGCAACAUUGGGCAUCCUCGAUUUCAGGACAUUAUUAAUCUGAAACUGAAUCCUGAUCCAGUUCUGCCAGAAAUGGAUGGGGUGUCUGAAUUUGCAGAAUAUGUCUCUGAGACAGUUGAUGUGCCAUCUCCAUUUGAUCUUCUGGAGCCACCCACCUCAGGGGGUUUUCUGAAGCUUUCUAAGCCCUGCUGCUACAUAUUCCCUGGGGGAAGAGGUGAUUCUGCUCUCUUUGCUGUCAAUGGGUUUAACAUCCUUGUGGAUGGUGGCUCUGAGAGGAAGUCAUGUUUCUGGAAGCUGGUAAGGCACCUGGAUAGGAUUGACUCUAUCCUGCUCACCCACAUUGGUGCAGACAACCUGCCUGGCAUCAACGGGUUGCUACAGAGGAAAGUUGCUGAGCAAGAGGAGGAACAAUCCCAGGGCUCUACCAACUACAGUGACUGGAUGAAAAACCUAAUUUCUCCUGAGCUAGGGGUGGUUUUUUUUAAUGUUCCUGAAAAGCUGAAGAUGCCUGAAGCCUCCAUGAAAGUAAAGAGGAGCAUUGAAGAAGCGUGUAUGACACUGCAGUAUCUCAACAGACUGGGCAUCAAAUCAGAGCCUCUCUACAGGGUGGUGAGCAGCACCAUCGAGCCCAUCACGCUCUUCCACAAAAUGGGAGUGGGUAAGCUGGACAUGUAUAUACUGAACCCUGUCAAGGACAGUAAAGAAAUGCAGUUUCUAAUGCAGAAAUGGGCUGGCAAUAGUAAAGCAAAGACUGGCAUCAUUCUUGCAAGUGGAAAAGAAGGUGAAAUUUCUGUUCCCUAUCUCACAUCUAUCACAGCCCUAGUGGUAUGGCUACCAGCCAGCCCAACUGAGAAAAUUGUAAGGGUUUUGUUUCCUGGAAAUGCUCCUCAAAAUAAGAUAUUGGAAGGUCUUGAGAAACUCAAGCACCUAGAUUUUCUGAGGUACCCGGUGGCUACUCAGAAAGAUAUCACCUCUGGAAUACCUCCACCUGUGCUGAAGCAGACCAAAAUUAAACAAAGAACUGACAGUAAAGAGAGCCUUAAGUCUUCUCCCAAGCCAACUGUGACAAAGCAAGUCAAGAAGGAAGAAGCAGUUGAGGAGGGGAUUAAGGAAGUAAAACCAGAAGUUGUAAAGGAAGCUAAAAUUGAAAAAAAGGUUAAGGAACACACAGAGAAAGUUCCUGAGAAACCUGUCAAACAUGAAAAGAUAAAGACAGAAACAAGUGAUGCUCUCAAAGCUGAGAAAAGAAAAUUGGCAAAAGACAAGGUUGGAAAAAAGCAUCUCAAAGAGAAAGUAUCCAAAUUAGAGGAGAAGAAAGACAAAGAAAAGAAAGAGAUUAAGAAGGAGAAAAAGGACUUUAAAAAAGAUGAAGGAAAGAAAGAUGAGAAAAAAGAUUCAAAGAAAGAUGAUAAAAAGAAAGAAAACAAACCUGAGCUCAAAAAAAUUCCUAAACCAGACUUGAAACCAUUUACCCCAGAAGUAAGAAAAACAUUGUACAAGGCAAAACUUCCAGGCAGACUCAAAACUGAGAAGAUCAAAGUAAAACCUGAAAAAGAACCUGAAAAGGCACCUGCUGACCUUAAGACAUUACCAAUGGAGAAGGCACCUGUACAAGUGGAUCCAGGAGAGACAUCCAUAGUGGAACAGAGGUUAGUCCUGUCUUCACCAGAAGAUCUUACAAAGGACUUUGAGGAACUGAAGCAUGAGGAGAGGGGGGCCUUGCACUUGACUCAAGAACGGUCUGAUAUGGAGGUUAGUGAUGAGAUUAUGGGAGCACCUGAAGCAGAGAUAAACGACAUGACUGGUCAGAGUAACCUUGAAGUGGAUCUCAUUUUAAAAAGAAAGACCCCUGACCAGGGAGUAACUACUACUGAUAUGGAAAAAGAAUCACCAGCAGAGGAAAUGUCAGUCCAUCAGUGGGAGCUGAGGGAAGGUCCUGCUGAAAAAAUCGAGGAUGAAAGAAAAACAGUAGAUGAAAACCAUGACAUAAGAUACUGGGGGGGAAAAGCUGAGCAGGGCAAGGACAUUCAGGUGUUUCCUGACAAAGAACACCUGCCAUCACAUACAGACCUCUUGGCAAAGGGUGCUCAGCCACCAGUGUUCAGAGAGGAGGAAAGGGAGGAAGAGGAGAAAAUCUCUUUGGACAGAAAACAGAGGGAAGCAGAAACUUGUGAAAAGUAUAUUGAGGGGACAGAGGUACAGGAAGAGGAUGAGAAGGAAAAGAGAGAAGAUGUGAUAGAAAAGGCAGAACUGGAAGAAAAGGAAGAACAGCACAUGGAAGUAGAGGACAAAGUGGAGAAGGAUAGAGAAUUCUGUAGGCUGAAUCAGGAUGAUAGGGAUGACAAACUGUUUACUAUUACAGAGAAGGAAAGAGAAUUUAGUUUCAUGGAUGAGAAAACCAAGUUACUUGAAAAGGACAUAACAAAGGAAGAGUCAUAUCUGAGCAGCCUGCCAGUCCCAGCAGGAGCAACAGCAGAACAUGUUUCUUAUAUCCAAGAUGAAACUAUCCCUGGCUACUCAGAAACAGAGCAGACCAUUUCUGAUGAGGAAAUACAUGAUGAACAGGAAGAGAGGAUCCCACACUUGAAGUAUGAUGUCAAUGCCUAUAACAUUUCUGUUCCUGACCAUCCAGGCUCUUUUGAAGCAGUACAUGGAAUACAGGCCAUGCCUCCUGCUGACCUUUCAGCCAAGGGCUAUGCUGGGCAGGAGUCUGAAAUCCUGGCAUAUCCUACAAACAUUGUGGCAGCACCUCUAGCCGAGGAGGAACACAUAUCUUCUGCUACCUCCAUUACUGAAUGUGACAAGCUUUCAUCUUUUGCAACAUCAGUAGCAGAGGAUCAAUCUGUUGCAUCCAUAACAGCACCACAAACAGAAGAGACUGGGAAAAGCUCUUUGCUUCUGGACACAGGAAACAGUAUGCCCUCCUCUCGGACUGAAGCAACCCAAGGUCUUGACUACGUUCCCUCUGCUGGCACAAUUUCUCCCACAUCAUCCUUGGAGGAAGACAAAUGCUUUAAAUCUCCACCCCCUGAAGAUUUCCAUGCAUUGGCAGAAGGAGAGAGGAAAGUGGAAACUCAAAAAAAGGACCUUCAUGAGGAAGCAGAAGAUGAAGAUGAAGAAGAUGGGACUCCAAAUAUUGAGAUGCCUGAGAAACUCAGAGGGCAUUACAAUGCCCCUGUGUUUGUUCCUCAGGGAUGUCCUGACAAUGUGAUAAUCAGUGUUCCCACACAGGGGAUGCCUUUAUCCACUGAGGAAGCACCAUUUUCCCAGGCUGACUCUGCCGAGGCUGAGGAACGAUGCACCAGUCCCGAUGACAGCACAGUCAAAAUGGCCUCUCCCACUCCCUCUGGCCCCACCAGUGCAGGGCACACGCCCUUCCACCAGUCUCCAGUGGAGGAAAAGCUGGAAACAGUAGAUUCAGAUCUAUUUGACAAACAAACGGAUGCUGCUGCCAAGAAACUGGAAGGCCAAAGUUCUGUUGUGGUGAAGGGAGCCAAGGGUGAACCUCUCAGAGAAGAUGAGGCAUCUGUGGCUAAAUCCAGACAUGAAAGAGAAGUGCCUGGACCAGUGCAACAUGAACUGGCUUUGAGCAGUGAUGUUCCAGUGUCUCCUGAGGAGGAGGUGCAGGAAGAACCCGUGAGGAGGGAGGAGCUGCCCUGGCUCUCUUACCACAAGCAGGACACAGUGGUGAUCGGGGAGGACGAGCAGCAUCCCAGCACAAAACUAAAAAAAGAGCAAGGAACUAAAACCAUGACAGAAGGUUUAAUGGGAUUUCCAAAACACUUGUCCUUUGAGCCAUUUGCAACCACAGGAACUUCUCUAGGAAGUGUGGAUCUUUCACAGUUCACAAGCCAAAGCAAAUCUAAAAAUGACAAAUCUUUGCAAUUUUCACCAGAUGGCAUCAAAUCACCUUCUUUUACAGAAGAAUGGAUUGGUAAAGAAAAAUCCUCAGAUAUUUCUAAAAGAGUUACUACUGAAGAAGGAAAACUGCUGUAUUUAACAGGAGACACCUCAGAAGAAGAGAAAUCUUCUCACGCUUCCAUUGAAGAUAUUUCCCCAGAAGAGACGAAAUCCAUUUCUCUCACUGAGAGCUCCAGCAGGAAAAUCUCUUCAGAUCUUUUUAUUAAAGGAAUUUCUCCAGAAGAUAUCAAAGCUCUUAGUUUCACAGAAGAGGUAUCUGCAAAAGAAAAAACUGUGUCCAACUGCACUGACAAAUUCUCUUCAGAAGCUGUGAAAUCCACGUGUUUCACAGACCAGAGCCCAGCUACAUAUGAAAAAUCACUGGAAAUUUCUGCCAAAGAACUGAAAGAAGCAUCAAAAUCUUCUCCUUGCCCAGAAAGUAGUUCAGUUAAAGGCACAUCACCCAGAGAUUCUUCAACUGAAGAAAUGUCUCCAGAUGACAGCAGUUUAUUUUCUGCAUCAGAAAAGAGCCUGUUGAGGGAAAGAAAUGCAGGCUUGGACUCUCAGGAUGUAUCUCCAGAUGCAAAGAGCUUACAUUUUACAGAAUCUAGCCCAAGUGAAGAUAAAACGUGUUCACACGUUUCUGCUGAAGGCGUAAAAUCUUGCAGGUUCGAGGAACCUCAAGAAAAAAAAUCUCCAGAAAUGGAAAAGUUUUGCAUGAAAGAUUUAAGUUAUGAGAAGAAAGUGUGGUUUCCAGAAGAGGUAAAAGAGGCUCCUGUUCAGGGAAGGCGGCAGAGAUAUGACAAAGAGAGGGAGUGUACAUUCUUGGAUGAGGUACCAGAAUUUGAAACAAAAUCCCUUCCUAAACUGGGAAAGGAGGAGAACCUGUCUCCUGCCUUGCCUGGCAGCCAUACCUGGAGAGAGGCAGAAAGAGAAGCGUGGGGUUCUGCCUUUGGGUAUCUUGAGGAAGGGAGAGACAGUGGGAGAAGAGAGCAAUUACCCAGUGAGGAGGAUGAGGAGCUUCACCAUGCUGAAGGCACACCCAUGCUACUGCAAGCAGAAACUGAAUGUUUAAAGAUGGAGUCAUUUGAUUACAAAGACACACAGAAGGGUGCCCAGCAUGUGUCAGAAACAAAGAAAGUAGAUGUGAUUCCUGCUGACAUCACUGUCCCAGAAAGAACACAAAGGGAAGGUUCUCCUCUGUCUCCUCAGUAUAUCCCUGGUGAGGAAAAUCAGGCCAAAGCUUUAACUGGAAACAAAGAAAGUCAAGAAUCGUUGUUGACCUCUAAACAAGAUUGCUCCUGCUUAGACAACGAGGAGAAAGCUGUCCUAGACAUCUAUGCAAAGUCACUAGACCAAGUUCUGACAUCUCCCCUGUCUGCAGUGAGAAAGGAGAUAGAGGCACCUCUAGGAGCAGAGAGGCCCUGCAAGUUAGAUCAGUGCAAGCCACCUUUAUGGGAGGAUGUCCCAUCGAAGACGUCUGAAAAGAAAUUAGACAUGAGUGAUUUGUAUCAGGAAAUAGAUUCCAAAUACAAGUCAGAUAGCAGGCAAGAGGAUGACUGCAAAUCCACUGAGGGUCUGUAUGACUCUACAGGAAGAAAACAGCAGACAGCAGCAGCAUCUACUCUGCUGCAAUCUCCAAGAGCAGCAGAAUGUAUUGCAGAGUCCACAAAAGGGAGUGCUGAGCUGUCAGGGCAGUGUGCACACUCCCCUCCAGAACAAGGCCCAGGUCAAAAAAGUAGUGAUGCUGUCGGCUGUGCUGGGGCUGUGGGUGCUGCCAUCCGAGAGGUGUAUCCUCCAGAGACCUAUUCCAGGAGUUCCCCUGAGCCUUAUUCCUAUGAGGAAGGGGUCUGCACACAGAAAGAUGAUGACUCUUCCACAAGACAGGAGCCAGAAGAAAGGGAACCAACUCCCUACCCUGAUGAAAGAAGUUUCAAGUAUGCUGACAUCUAUGAGAAGAUAAUUGUGUCUGGAGUGGGACCCUCCCCCUUCACAGCCAUGGGUGCACACAGCCCAGGUCACACUGACAAGGUGCCAGUGACAGCACUGAACUCUCAAAAAGGUCAAAAUUUUCAUGUGUCUGCAAAGGAAGAAGAGUCCUGCCUUUAUACCUCUACUGAGAAGGAACUGUCAUCUCCAGCAUCCCCUAAGGAUAAAGCAGAUUCAGUCUUUGACUACAGAGACAUCCAUGAAAGAUAUUUUCCCUUGUCUGAAACAGGGAAGCCUAGGACAUCAGAAGGACAGGAAAAACUGAAUGUGUCUUCUGCUUUACCAGGAGAACUGGACUCUGCACUGCAUCCAUCAUCUGCAAGCGCAGCAUUUGCCUCUCCCACCGUCACAGCUGACACCUUUUAUCAAGGAAAAUCAUCCACCUAUAUUGAUGCUGGUUGUCCAGAUGAGAAUAUAAUUUUGUCUAGCCAGGAGCAGGCAUCUUUGUCCCUGAAAUCUGAAAUCCCAAAUCCCAAAGAUACAUACUAUGAGAAAGCAGGUCGAGGGGAAGAAAGUGCAAGUGACUCAGAGCUAGAAAAAGGUGCUAAGGAGAAGUCUGAAAAGGAAUCUAAACUGCACAGCCCUGUUGAAGCUGCAGGCACUGUCUAUACAUGCAUCUCAGGCAUCAGCAAGUUCCCUGUCUCAGACCCCUUCCUGCAGAGCAAAUGUCAGGAGCCCCUUUCACCCAGAUCUGCUGCCUCUUCUCCCUCUUGUCCAGGCUGGCAAGAGAAAUAUGAAAGCAGGAUGACUGCAUCAGCUGCUGUUGUGGAGAAAUAUGUUGCUGGUUACAGUGAUGUGCCAGACAUAGACAGAGAUGAGCAAACUUCAGAAAUGUGCCAUGAUUCUUCACAAAAGAUAGAGGUUGCUGAAAAAUCCACAAAGGAAUCCCAUUUCUGGGUAGCAGAUUAUCCAAGUGCAGCAGUGGCCUCCGAGUGCCAAGAGCAAGCCAUAUACCUGAAAUCUGCUUCCAGCAAACAAACAGAAGUAUAUGAACAGGGCCCAAGGGUAGGGAGCAGAGAGAUGGAUAGCUCUACUGGAUUUGAAACAGCCAGCACAUUCAGACAUAAGCAAACCUCAGCAAGCCAUUUAGGGGAUAUUUCUCUUUCUUUAGAGUCUCCUUGUGCUUUGCUGUCAGCCCAGGGAAACAAAGAUGAGUACUUGGAGGUUUCUGAGAAAAUCAGCAGCCUUGAUUCAUCUUUUCCUAAAUUCUCACCUCUGAGUCCAUAUGAAGAAGACAAGGUGUUCUCCAAAGGUGUAGAGAAAGAGUCUGUGACCCAGCAGCAGCUGAAAGAUGACUCUUCCAGCCUGUCAGAGGAGCCUUCGUCUGAGGCCACCACUCCUGUGAUACUGACUACAGCAGAAAGUUUCUAUUCCCAUAUGCUUUCCACAUCCACAGGUGCAGGAGUGGAAUCAGGUACCAGGAGUGCUUGGGAUGUGUCUCCACUGGUUCCAGAUAGUGCUGUGAAAAUACAUACAGCUGAAACCAAAGACUUUGUCUUUGCUGAAGAACAUGGGUCUCCAUUUCCCUGUGGCAUGGGUGACCACACCUUGCCAUGCAGAAAAGAGUGCCAGAGCUCAGAGCCCACACCAUUCUCUGCAGAGCAAGAGCAGCAGCCCCGUGGUAGCAGCCCAGAGCAGAAGGCACCAUUUGCAGAGCAGCCGCUGCCGCUGACAUCUCUCCCUGAUGUGCUGACAUCAUUUUCUCAUCAUCAGUACAAAGAUGAAACCACAGCUAAUGGUCCAACAGAGGUGAGCACCAGUCUGCCAGCUUUCCAAAGCACACACCAUGCAGCAGAGGCAAAGGAUGAAAAAACAUGUCCCGAUUCUGACAGCAGUCUUUCUCCAUGUGCAGGCAAAGAGGAAACAGAGAGGCAAAGCCGUCCUUCCUCUCUGAUGUCCCCUGAAAGCAGUUUCCAGCCAUUUUUCCCAGAUGUGCAUAGGGGUGAAAAAGCAGAGGACUGUGGAGAUGCUUCCCAUGACAUGGAGACCCAUUUAGGAGGCAGUUCUGAUUGUGGGCAGAAAUUUUCCUCAUGUGAAUACAAGCAGAGAAAGGGAGAGCUCUCUCCCUCAUUCAUCAACCCAAGCCCCCAUGAGCUCUCUGAAGACAGUGACCUCUCAGAGGAGGAGGGUCACCCUUCAGUGCAGGGGAGACCACCCCACACUGGGAGCAGUCCCAUGCAAAGUGCCACAGUGGAGGAAACCCCUCCAACAUCAGUGAGUGAUUCUGGAACCUCCCAGUCAGACUCUGAUGUCCCUCCUGAGACUGAAGAAUGUCCAUCCAUCACAGCAGACGCCAACAUGGACUCAGAUGAAGAUGCUGAUUUCCUCCCAGUGGACAAAGCUGUGGGGAAUACUCAUCAUGCCAGUUCUAGGUCCAGCCAUGAUCCGCAGCCUGUUCCAAUGGUAGAUCCCCAUCCCCACCCUCCUCACCCUGAUGUCUGCAUGGUAGAUCCUGAUAUGAUGUUAAAUGAGCAAAGCAUGAGCAGAACUGAUAAAAUUUCCAAGAAAGACAUAAAAGAAAAGAACAAAGGUGUGAGAAAGCCUUUGAGCAAACCCAAAUCUUCCUCACCUGCCCGGAAAUUAGAUGUGAAAGGGAAACGAUCACCCACUCCUGUGAAACAGUCAUCGGACAAAUCUCCAAAAUCUGUCACUGCCAAAAAAGAAAGAGAUGGAGGAGAAAAGCCCAAACCACGUAGUGCGCUGAUGCCAGAGGAUGAGUUAUCCCGGAGUAGUCACAGCAACCCUGGCAAGAGCCUUGUUAACGGCAUCAAAACAAAUCCCGCUUCCAAUAGUCCUAAGAGCAGUUUGUCGGUGCCUAUGGGUCCACCUGUCUACGUGGACUUGGCCUACAUCCCCAACCAUUGCAGUGGGAAGAACACAGAUCCAGAGUUCUUCAAGCGGGUUCGAGCAUCUUACUACGUUGUGAGUGGGAAUGAUGCAGCCAACGGAGAGCCGAGCCGUGCGGUGCUGGAUGCGCUUCUGGAAGGGAAGGCUCAGUGGGGAGAGAACCUGCAGGUGACAUUGAUCCCAACACACGAUACUGAGGUAACACGAGAAUGGUAUCAACAGACCCAUGAGAAACAGCAGGAGCUAAACAUCAUGGUACUGGCAAGCAGCAGCACUGUUGUGAUGCAGGAUGAAUCUUUUCCAGCCUGUAAGAUUGAAUUCUAGACCUCCCACAUUUUGUGUUCAUCCAUUGAUUCUUCAGUCACCGAUGCAACAUGAGAGACACCAUCUAAUCACAGUCCAGUUCUUCUCUGGUUUAGUCCUCUACAUGGUUCCCAUUUGUCAGGCAAUCGGGUAUCCAUCUUGCUCAGCACUGGAUGCCGUGAGGAAGAAGUGCAGGGCUCUGUAAUUUUCUGGACUGAGCUAAGAGUUUGCGCAAGAGCAGUUGCAGGCCAGGGGCACUUUCACCUUCCCUGCUUUAUUCUGCUGCCUGUACAGUUUCUGUAGACUAUCUUGGCUGCCUUGCUGCUGUGAGAGCUUGUUCUACUCUCUUCCUGGCUGCCUUGCCAUUUAACCUGUAGCACCAUGAACCUCACCUUUCUGGUGAGGGCUGAAGUGCUGCUGCUGCAUGCAGAGUGCAUGGGAGGCAGGGGGCAGAGGCGAAAUCUAACUUGCAAAGGAAUUGCACCAGGGAGAUGAGGGAAGACAAAACCCUCUGAACUGUAAUGUGACAGUAAAGGUCAUUCUUCCAUCUCCCCUCCUGAGCAUACAGGAGGUGUUCUGAGCAAGGGGACCUGUGCUCCAACUAGGCACGACCACCACAUGCCAGCUUGGCAAAUUUCUGUCCCAAGUACUCACCUGUGGCAUCCUGCAGCACCUGUUUGCUGUGCUCAGGGAGCUGGGAUGAAGGAUCGUGGCAGUGGGAGGGGAGGGUUCAGCACAUUCCUAACCUGCUAACUUGAGCUUCGCACACACAGCAGCCAGCAGACUCCUGCACCCCAGCUGUGUGGCAGGAGGAGGCACAGAAAGGCUGUGGCCCGAACAGUUACACACAAAGCAUCCAAACGCACAACUACAGCCCCCUCAACAGCAGAAGGGCUGAAAAGCCUUGGCCACGCUUGGCCCGGGAUGUACAAGAAACCUCCCUCUCCCUAAACCAAAGGCCCUGGAGGACGGUGGUGAGCAGCUGAGGGGCACGCAGGCCAUGCUGGGGGAGGCUGGUGCCCAGCCCGUGUCGCUGCGUGUGCCAGCCUGCAUGCAGCAGCCAUCUCCUCACUGCCUGUGUGCCAGGCUCCAAGCCUUAGAGUUGUGUUCAAGCUUUUUGUUGUCCCCCCCCAAGUAUCCAGGAUGUGGGGAAUACAUUUGUGGUGUGAGGGAAGAGAAGGCCCUUCCCCAAAGACUCGGGGAAAAGUAGUUUAGCCAGUGUAGUCAUUGUCAGUUCCCUCACACUGUGGCAGGGAUGUGCUGACAGUGCAGGUGAGUUGCUGCUCAUCCAUGUGGUGCCACCUUGCAGCUUGUGGGCAUCUGUCCUUGCUCUCUGGACACCCUGGCCGAAACAGGAAUGUGUGCAGUGAGUGCAUUGUGGCUACUGAACAGCCACCUGGAACCUGCUUGGCACACAGACCUGUUUCAGCGUGGGAGACACGUUCUCCCAGCAGGGAGUGGGGUGUUCAGGUGCACUAAGCCUGCAGCAUCCAUGAGUCUUUGCCACGUCCAAGAGAAUUGACAGAGGAUCUUGCCACAAAGACAGCUUUUCUGUAAGACAAGGAGAGUGGCAGCAGGCUAUGCUCCGGGAAAGAAGGAAUGAGAUGGAAAGCUGUGCUGCAGUGGUUGUCAGUCAGCACAAAGUAUUUCCAUCUUCUGUGACGUGACACCCACUGUGCUUGGCCCUGAGCAGAGGGCUGACUCCACCAUGAGCAUCCUCAGACCCUGUGCUGCACUAGCCUGGGACACUUCAGUCACAGUGCUAGUUUUCUGGCAGGUGACAUGAAGAAAAUGCUGCUUAGAAACCUGCUCCUAGCACUAAAAUGGAGUUUCUAGGGAAAUGGUCUAUUUUGCAUUUUAAUUUAUAUAUUUAUUUUUUUAAUGUUAAGCUGCAUUUUGUGUUGAUUUAAUAAUUUAUACAUGUUAACAUGAUACCAUGUGCUUUUAGUGUCAGUUCAGAGGUUUUCUCAGUAAAAAUACUAACAUGCUGCAAUUUAAACAAAAUGAAAAGACCAUAGAGAACUUGUUGGCAGCAAAAAUGUCUCUGCAAGGCUGUGUCUAAAACCCAGCAGCUGUAGGACAAGGCCUGAGGCCAGCAGCCUCCCCAAGGCACAGCCAGCUCUUUGGCUAUGGCCCUUGUUAGGAGCAUGUGGGCUUACUCAGGGCUUUAGCAAAUUCCUGCCCUGUGCUGUGUUCAUUUUAACCAUGGAAUCACACUGUGUCUGCCAGCAUAAUAAAUGUCAUUCUCUGUACCCCGAUGGGGUCAGCAUUAAUGAAUGUUGGUUCUGGCAAUUGCAGGCACUAAAACACCUGCCCCCGCCCCUCCCCAGAAUGCUGGGGGGCCCUGCCCACUGUGCUUUGGGGAGACCCUGGCCCACUGGCCUCGGUGGCAGCUGCAGGAUGCCAGACACCAGAGGCACAAGCAUGGCCCUCACUGGCUCCUGGGAUCCCUCUGCGUAGCUAGAUGUAAAAGCUAAUGCACUAACUUUAGAUAGACCCACACAUGAAUGUUUUCUCAAUUUUAAACUUGAAGCAAUUCUGACUAAGCAGCAGUAAUAGUGAGGCUUUGUGAGGUACCUGCAUCCUCCAGGCAGGAGUGUGGCCACUGGUGGAUUCCAGGAGGAAGGCUGCCCUCCAUACUCUGCUCCUGCCCUCUGCAGCUCUGCUGCUUGGCUACCUUUAUCCUACACCAGUUUGCUUCCCUGUCCUCAAGGCUCCACAUUUUUUUUCAGUUUUUGUCGCAGUCUGUUCUGCCUUGAGCUUCUCUCACUCCCUAUCUCCCUCUCUCCUCCACCCCCUUCCAUCUUAAAAAAACAAUGGGAAAAAAGACUUAGGAAAAUGCUGAUUCAUAGAGUCUGGCCCUGCUCAGGCCACAGGAGCCAGCAGGAGCCACCUGGAGCCAGAGGUAAUACAACACUAUAGAGAGAAACAGUUAAACUCUGCUUUUGCUUGUUUCUGCAUGUGGGCAACAACGCGUAAUCUUCCUGUAUGUAAUAGGUAAAAAAUACUAUUUUAAACCUAUAAUUAAAGAAGUGAACGUCUUAAUUGUAUUGAAAUGGCAUUUUGUGCUCCUAGCUUCUUCUAUGCUAAAUGUUUUAAGAAGAGAGCCCUGAUUCUUUUCUUCAGCAUCACAUUUCUAUUCGAAUUUAGUUCCUUGAGUUCUGUCCUUCUGCCCAUUUCCAUGUGAAACACUGUAACUAACUGCUGUCAAGAGAGGAGCCCAACACAUUACAAAUAAAGCCACAUUAAUUGCGAACAAGAA